GUGUUACGUCGCUAUCUAAUCGUAGAAUUUAUACACGGUGUCUCAGGAUAACACGUCGAUCUCUCUUGUAUACGGUCAAAUUCAUUUCACGAGAGAGAAGCGUAAAAUUAAACCACCUAUUCGAAAAAGCUGACAAAAUCCAUUUCAAACUUUCCGUCAAAAUCCGCUCUGCGAGAUCGUCGAAAGUGAGGUUACGUUCGCAGUGUAAGGAGGUUAUGUACGGGAUCAGUCAGCUGCCAAAUUAAAGUUUAAAAAAAAAUUCACACGUCCGAAAUUUUGCUUGGGUGAUAAGCGUUCGAUUCCAGCCUUCCGUUUUUUGAAAUGGCCACGAUGCUCAGAAGCGCCGUUUUAGUGGAAAACGUAGUUUUGAAAAACGGUCCAAAGAUCCUGGGAUCGGCCCCCACGAACGGCAGAUGGAAAGCGCAACAGCAACAGACGAGAAACCUAAACGUUCACGAGCACAUCAGCUAUACCUUGCUAAAAGAUGCAGGAAUCCCCGUGCCGAAAUUCGGCGUGGCCAAGACGAAGCAAGAGGCCAAAGAAAUCGCUAAGGGCUUGAACACGAAAGACUUGGUGCUGAAGGCUCAGGUGCUUGCCGGCGGCAGGGGGAAGGGACAUUUCAAGAAUGGGCUCAAAGGUGGAGUCAGGAUGGUUGACACACCUGAAGAGGCAGAGGAGAUUGCAGGAAAAAUGUUGGGCCAGUAUUUGGUGACCAAACAGACUGGUGAAAAGGGCAGGAUAUGUAAUGCAGUUAUGGUAGCUGAAAGAAAAUUCCCCAGGAAAGAAUACUACUUUGCUGUGAUGAUGGAACGAGCAUUCAAUGGUCCCGUGAUAAUAGCCUCGUCUCAAGGCGGUGUGAACAUCGAAGAGGUGGCCGCCGAGAACCCGGACGCGAUUUUGUACGAACCGAUCGACAUAAUCAAAGGGCUGAGCAAGGAGCAGGCGGAAAAGGUGGCCGUGAAAGUGGGAUUGGAAAAACAGAAGGCGAAAACGGCCGAUAUGCUGCUCAAGAUGUACGAUUUGUUCGUGAAGAAAGACGCUUUGCUUAUCGAGAUCAACCCGUACGCCGAGGAUGCCGGAGAGCAGUGUAAGUUAUCAGAUUUCUCGCUGGACGCGAAAUUCCGCUUCGACGACAACGCCGGUUUCCGUCAGAAAGAUCUGUUCGCGCUCCGCGAUUGGACGCAAGAGGACGAAAAGGAAGUCCAAGCGGCGAAGUUCGACCUGAACUACAUCGCGUUGGACGGCAACAUCGGCUGCAUGGUGAACGGGGCAGGUCUAGCUAUGGCGACGAUGGACAUCAUUUCGUUGCACGGCGGAUCGCCGGCUAACUUUUUGGAUGUCGGAGGCGGAGCGACCGCGACCGCCGUCAAGGAGGCGUUCAAGAUCAUCACGUCCGAUCCAAAGGUGCACGCGAUCCUGGUCAACAUUUUCGGAGGUAUAAUGAGAUGCGACGUGAUCGCCGAAGGUAUCAUAGCAGCGGCGAAAGAAUUGAGUCUGAAAAUGCCGAUCGUGUGCCGUCUGCAAGGCACCAACGUGGAUGAUGCCAAAGUCCUGAUCGCCGCCUCAGGCCUGAAGAUCCUUCCCGUUGACAAUUUGGAUGAAGCCGCCAGAUUGGUGGUGAAACUGUCCAACAUAGUCAGCUUGGCCAGGGACGCAAAACUGGACAUCAACUUCGAGAUGCCUCUGUAAAUACUAUCUUUAUCUCUUCUUGUUGGUACGUGACAGUUUCGAAAAUACUCGGCUUGGAAAUAACUUGAACAGCCGCUACGUUGGAUUGAAACUCAAAACCACGGACCUUAAAUCACAGUUCCAUAGCAGAGUAUUAUAAACUGUGACAUUUUAACCUUUGAGAUGUGUAAUAUCCUUUUUGUCGAGUACCACUAAAAUCUUUGUUGAAAGACACUUGGCUUUUGUGAUGGCGGUUUUAUGUACAUGUUAUACUCAAAAUCAAUGUUGCAUUGUCGUUAGCGUGAUUACAUGACGUAUACAUAAUAUUAUAAUCAAGGUUUAUUAGGAUUUUAUUUAUUUAAAGAGGAUUGUGAUGUACAGUUUUAAGCUAUUCUCUCUUCUAAGUAUUAUGCCCUGCACAUUUUAUCUGUAAUUAUUUAAUAAAUGUGUAACACAUGCACCAAAAUUGUAAUGUAAUAAUAAAUAUUCGUUGAAA